AUGUCUAACAACGUAUACGCUAAACUUCGCAACUUCUUGUUAAAUGCCGAAGAAGAAACGAUUACCGCAGGAUCUGUCAUUUACCAAGUGGUAGGGGAGGACCCUUGGAUUUCUAAAGAUGAAUUAAAAAGCAUUAUAGAAUUUGCGGUAGAUCUUGUAGGAGAUCAAAUUGACCAGGGUUCUAAACGAUAUGAGUCACUUCACAAGGUUCUUUCAGAG